ACAGCUGACCACCCUGAGUGCUAGGCACACGCUCCCAUCGCAUCAAGUCCCAAAGUAUCCUACGCACCAUGGCAUCGGACGAAUUGGCGAGGAAACUGCAGCCCAGGAUGGCCGCAGAGCAGGCUCCCCAAUUCAACCCGUGUGCACCAGAGGAGACCCCGGUGAAACCGAGCGACUCUGUCCCUGAGCCGCAGGAAAAAGCGGUGUUGGUCAUUGUCAAUGAUGCCACAUCGGAACUCACGGCGAAACUCACCCGGAGACUGGACAUCAACGAUGGGAACGCGGCGCCCAAGCAAGCCAAGGUAUUCAACCCCUACACGGAAUUCAAAGAAUUCUCCCGCAAACAGAUCAAAGAGAUGGAGAACAUUUUCAAACGGUUUGACAGUGGGAAGGACGGCUUCAUAGACCUGAUGGAGCUGAAGCUGAUGAUGGAGAAGCUGGGAGCUCCUCAGACCCACCUGGGCCUCAAGAACAUGAUCAGGGAGGUGGAUGAGGACUUCGACAGCAAGCUGAGCUACAGAGAGUUCCUGCUGAUCUUCAGGCGAGCAGCGGCAGGCGAGCUGCAGGAGGAGAGCGGUCUGGUGGCUCUGGCCAGACUGUCUGAGAUAGACGUCUCCACAGAGGGAGUCAUGGGGGCACGGGACUUCUUCGAGGCUAAGGUGCAAGCUCUAAAGGUGGGCAGUAAGUUUGAGGCUGAGAUCCGAGAGGAGCAGGAGGAAAUGAAGAGGCAGGCGCUUGAUAGGAAACAGAGACGGGCUGCCUUCAAAGAGCUGCAAUCUGCCUUCUGCUCAUAAUACAGUGCACACACACACACUGAAACACACACACACUGAAACACACACACACACACUGAAACACACACACUGAAACACACACACACACACACUGAAACACAC